ACAAGAUGGCGUCUCAGCAGCCGCAACCUGGAGGUUCGAUGUCUCAGCCUGGAUUACAACAACAGUCUACUUCAAUACAACAACAACAACAACAGCAGCAGCAGCAGCAACAGCAACAGCAAUUGAGUCAACAGCAAGACUUUGACCCAGUUCAGAGGUUUAAAAUGCUUAUUCCGCAGCUGAAGGAAAGCUUGCAGAAUGUAAUGAGGAUUGCCUCCCUGAAUUUGGCACAUAACACAGCGAUUGACAACGGCAUCAAAAGCAGCGACACCUCAGUUCAGCGCUUUGACAAAAGUCUGGAGGAGUUUUAUGCCCUUUGCGAUCAACUUGAGCUGUGUCUGCGGCUGGCAUAUGAGUGCCUCUCACAGAGCAUCGACAGUGCCAAACAUUCACCCAACCUGGUCCCAACAGCCACCAAGCCAGACACAGUGCAGACAGAGUCCAUGUCGUAUGCUCAGUACCUGGGCAUGAUCAAAUCUCAGAUCUCCUGUGCCAAAGAUAUCCACAACGCUUUGCUGGAGUGUUCUAAGAAGAUCGCAGGAAAGGGACAGUCUCAGGGAAUCAUGUAGAUGUGGACUGAUUACUACAGCUCUUUAUGCAUCCAGUGUUUUGUGAAAGAUGAUGGAUUUGUAAAUGGGAUGUCCCCAUAUUUACUUCUUGCUUUCACGCUACAUUGGCCAAGAUGAUGAUUUAUGUCAUAAGGUCAUCUGUAUUUGGUGGAGAUGAGUUAAGCUGUUUUUGCAACAAUUUUGUAAAUAAUCCUGGCAAAUGUUAUGGUGGAAGACGACCAGCAGGUGGUGGCAGAGGUGCAGGUGAAUUCUUUUGUAGCACAUUUGUAUGAACUAAUAAAACCUUUCUACUUA